CCGGUGGCAAAGUUGAACGAUAAGAAGGAUUGGAAGGAGCAAGCAGCUGUCACGAAGAAGUGAGGUGCGCAACGAACAGUGGGGCUCUUUCCUCGGACGCUAGCCAGCCUGACCAACCGAGUGAGCCCUCACCUUCACUCUCAGCAUUGCUCGCAAGAACAGUGUUGUACCGCAUUUAUUGCACGUCAGAUUGCAAGCUGUCGACCUAUUUUACGCCGCGAUCUAAGGUGCUGGAACCUUCCAAAGCAUACAUACGAGCAAUUCAUUAUGGGAGAAAUCGAGAAGGAUUUGAAACAAGAUCCGCCAUGCCACUCGCGAGCAUGCGCAAUCCAGAAUUGCAUACAGAAGAACAACUUCGAUGAAGGAAAAUGUCGAAAGGAGGUCGAUGCUCUGUAUGAGUGCUGCAAUGCCUUCUACAAAGAGAGAGGGGACGAUGCAAGAUGCGUGACAUGUCCGAAGCCCGAUCUGCUCAGAAUCAAGGUGAAGCAACGCGCCCAAGGCAUAUCAUAGCAUGUCAUCAGCUGCACUGCAGCAUCACAGAAGAUUUU